GGGGGCGCCGCGUGCUGAGGGGAGUUCCCCGGCGGGAGGCGGGGGCGCGCAGAUGGCGACGCAGGUGGAGGCGCUGCUGCCCGGCGCCCCGCUGCUGCCCGCCGAGGAGCGCGCCCUGGUGCUGAAGCCGCCGCAGGACGGCGGCCGGGAGAAGGGCGAGCCGCCCAUGGGCCCCGACGGCGGCCCCGCGGCGCCGAGGCCGCCCAGCGCCAAGCAGCAGAAGGAGGAGAGCAACAACCAGGAGAAGGAGAGCCUGCUGAGGGCCGGCGGCGAGGCGGAGGACGGCGGCGAGGCGGGAGGUGCGGGGCGCCGGGAGUUCAUCGAGGCCCCGCCGCCCAAGGUGAACCCCUGGACGAAGAACGCCCCCGCUGCCGCGCCGGCGGUGAACGGGCAGUCGCCUCCAGAUAUAUUUCCAACUGAUGGCCAGUCUGAACAUACAACUCCUGCAAAAGUGGUGAGGGCUGCCAACCCAAGACAGCGGAAAGGAAGCAAGGUUGGUGACUUCGGUGAUGCCACAAAUUGGCCAACACCUGGAGAAAUAGCCCACAAGAGCAUCCAGCAGCCGCACAAAGCACCAUCCCUCCGGAAACUGCCUGUCAAGAAAGACAUGAAAGAGCAGGAGAAAGGGGAUGGGAGCGACGGCAAAGAGAGCCUGAAAACCAAAUCGGACGAGUCCGGGGAGGAGAAGAAUGGAGACGACGACAACCAGAAGUCAGCCCAGAAGAAGAAAGGCAACAAACACAAGUGGGUCCCUUUGCAGAUAGACAUGAAGUCAGAGGUGCCUAGGGACAAAACGGCCUCUCGGAACAACCGGCAAAACGAGCAGCACAGGCACCCCUCCAACAACCGCAGUGAGCUGAAAGGCUGGCACCCAGACAACAAGCACGAGCGCAGCUGGCAGGACCACGAUGAAACCUCCAGCGUGAAGAGCGAGGGAGGAGCUGUGCGAGGGACCUUCCGGGGCCGAGGCCGUGGCCGCGGCAGGGGCCGUGGCCGUGGCAGAGGAGGUGAUCACUGGCACUUUGACUACCAGUAUGGGUACCGGAAAUUUGAGGGCUCGGAUGGCUCCCGCACCCAGAAGUACGCUAGCAACAUCACUUACUACUUUGACAACAUCAGCAGUGCCGAGCUCUACAGCGUGGACCAGGAACUGCUCAAAGACUACAUCAAGCGGCAGAUAGAAUAUUACUUCAGUGUGGACAACCUGGAGCGAGACUUCUUCCUGCGUCGCAAGAUGGACUCAGACGGCUUCCUUCCCAUCACCCUGAUUGCCAGCUUCCACCGGGUGCAGGCGCUGACCACCGACAUCAGCCUCAUCAUCAAGGCUCUGAAGGACAGCAAGGUGGUGGAAAUCGUGGACGAGAAGAUCAGGAGAAAAGAGCAGCCAGAAAAAUGGGCUCUGCCUGGCCCUCCUAUGGCAGACUACACACAGACGGACUUCUCGCAGUUCAUCAACUGCCCUGAGUUUGUGCCCCGGCAAAGCUUCCAGAAAGAGACAGAGUCUGCUCCUGGGUCCCCGCGUCCUGCCAGCCCGGUCCCCACCAAAACAGAGGAGGUCAGUAACCUGAAGACGAUGCCCAAGGGCCUGUCUGCAAGUCUGCCAGACCUGGAUUCAGAGACGUGGAUUGAAGUGAAGAAGAGACCUCGGCCCUCCCCAGCCAGGCCCAAGAAACCAGAGGAGUCAAAGACACUGCAGCAGCAAAAGCAAAAGGACCAAGACGAACCUGAGGAGCUAGACUUCCUCUUCGACGAGGAGAUGGAGCAGAUGGAUGGCCGUAAAAACACUUUCACCGACUGGUCAGACGAAGAUUCGGAUUACGAGAUCGACGAUCGGGACGUGAACAAGAUCCUCAUCGUGACGCAGACGCCUCCUUACCUGCGCCGGCAUCCUGGUGGGGACCGGACUGGCAACCACACAUCCAGGGCUAAAAUGAGCUCAGAGCUGGCCAAGGUGAUCAACGAUGGGCUGUACUACUACGAGCAGGACCUGUGGACAGAGCAGUUUGAGCCGGAGUAUUCACAGAUCAAGCAAGAGGUGGAGAACUUCAAGAAGGUGAAUAUGAUCAGCAGGGAGCAGUUUGACACCCUGACCCCAGAGCCCCCUGUGGAUCCAAACCAGGAAGUCCCUCCCGGUCCCCCCAGGUUCCAGCAAGUACCUACAGACGCUUUGGCUAACAAGUUGUUUGGAGUCCCUGAGCCUUCAACCAUUGCCCGGUCUUUGCCUACGACUGUACCAGAAUCGCCCAACUACCGCAACGCCAGGACCCCCCGGACCCCUCGCACGCCUCAGCUGAAGGACCCGACACAGACGCCCCGGUUUUACCCAGUGGUGAAAGAGGGCAGGACGAUAGAUGCCAAGACCCCGCGGAAGAGGAAGACGAGGCACAGUUCGAACCCCCCGAUGGAGUGCCACGUGGGCUGGGUGAUGGACUCUCGGGAACACAGGCCCCGAACUGCCUCCAUCAGCUCCAGCCCCUCGGAGGGGACCCCGGCUGUUGGAAGCUAUGGCUGCACCCCGCAGUCCCUGCCCAAGUUUCAGCAUCCUUCGCACGAGCUGCUCAAGGAGAAUGGCUUCACGCAACAUGUCUACCACAAGUACCGUCGGCGCUGCCUUAACGAGCGGAAACGACUGGGCAUUGGUCAGUCCCAGGAGAUGAACACGCUUUUCCGGUUCUGGUCCUUCUUCCUCCGAGAUCACUUCAACAAGAAAAUGUAUGAAGAGUUCAAGCAACUGGCUGUGGAGGACGGGAAGGAGGGAUACAGGUACGGUCUGGAGUGCCUUUUCAGAUACUACAGUUACGGGCUGGAGAAGAAAUUCCGGCCAGACAUAUUUAAGGACUUUCAAGAAGAGACCAUCAAGGAUUACGAAGCUGGACAGCUCUAUGGGCUGGAAAAGUUCUGGGCCUUCCUAAAAUAUUCCAAAGCCAAAAAUCUGGACAUUAACAGCAAACUGCAAGAAUACCUCAGCAAGUUCAAGCGCCUCGAGGACUUCCGAGUGGAUCCACCCAUGGGGGAGGAAGGUGGACACAAGAGAUACCCUACGACGUCAGGGGGAGAUGGCAGGAAGCGCUACCCAUCCCAGUCUUCCAGCAAAACAGUCAGCCAGUGCCCAUCCAGCCAAGCCCACGCCUCACCCAGCCAGCCUGCACAAGAGGAUGCCAAAAACCUGAGCCAGCAAUCCCCCGCCCCGUCAGCUGCAGAAUCGCAGACAGUGGGGAAGUAGAGAGGCUGCAGCCGGGGGAUGGGGUGGGUUGGCGGGGGACUGGCUUGGAGAAGGGGAGACAUGAGGGGGUGGGACAGGAAGGGAGCUGGAAGGUGGGUGCCCAGGAAUAGGCUGCUUGGGAGAAACUUCAACGCACACGAUUUUUUCUCUUGUGGCUGGAAAGCAAAGACGAUCUGCAUCUAAAACACCAUUUUGCUAUUACAACCCUGACCAGAGCCAGACCCGCUCCCAGCAGACCCACCCUUUGCUUUCCCUUCCCUCCCCUCUUGUGCACACACUCAUGUCUUAGUGUCUCUUCAAAAAAAAAAUAAUGUUCUGGCUGGGUUGGAAACGGGAGAUUUUUUUAUUAUUAUAUAUAUAUAUCAAGUUUUAAAUUAUUGCUAGAAGUUCGUCUGGAUUUACCAAAACAAGUCUGCUCUGUGCGGCCCCAAUGACUCCCCUCUGUGUCGCCCCCUUCGGAUCGCAGGGCAGCCUGCUCAGGAAGCUCGGAGGAGCGAGGUUCCCCGAUGGGGACUGAAGCCGCAGCGUGUCACGAUGCUGCGGAGCCUCUGAUCUCUAUGACCUGGCUGACGUCUCCCAUUCCACGUGUGGCGGUGCCUCUCUGACACCGACUGCCACGACAGGAUCGUCGCCCUGUUCGUCCUUCUGGUCCCUCCUCCCCAGAGUCUUCACCUCCAAACUUCCCGAGGGUCUGGCUCUCCCUCCGCCCGCCUCUCCCUUCCAUCACGGACAAUUUGGAAGUCAACCAAAGGACCUUUGCCAAGGAUAGGCUUGUUCUGACUCCUUCCUGCGAGGAUGGCUGGUGGGAGGCCGGCAGGCACUUGGACUCAAGCCUGCGUGGACGCUGCACCCCCUGCCCCAGGAAUGCCCGUCGCAUGCAAAGACAGGACUUUGCUGAAGGAGGUUUUCUCUUCCCUUGGAAAAAUGAAACAACAACAAAAAACCCCACAAACCCCUCUAAAACAACAACAACGAAAAAAACUCUUUAAAAAGACACAUGUCCCUUUGCUUUCUUCCUUGGAAAUAUUAUUGAAGAAAACAAACAAACAAACAAAAAAAAAACAAAAAACAAAAAAACACAAAAAAAAAAAGUUGCCUUAUGGUGGAGCUGGACCGGGGAGGCUCGCUGGCUUCCUGCACCCUGGGGCGCGCUAGGCUCUCGGCUCCCGCGGCCCAGAGACUCCUCACGGCAUUGCUGCCGAGCUGAUCUUCCCUGCGGCCUUUCCUCUGACCCCGCAGCUCGCUCGGAUGCCUCCCCCCACAUCGCGGAGACCCCCUGCCAGCCCUGAUUCUUAUGGGGGAAGGUGCCGAGGGCAGUCAAAUCCAAGACUUGUGCUCAUGACGUAGUUGAAGCCGCUAUGUUGUGUAUAUACCAUUGUAGCAUCCUUGCCGCAACAGCAACUGUACAUGCUUAUGGCCUCGCUCAGAACCCCCAUGCCCUCUCCGGGCACGCUGGGGCGGGAGGUCUGUCUGCUCGUCUGUGCCUCCAGCGUGGUCGGGAGGUGAGCGGGGAGAUCCGUCACAGCAGCUGGAGGGACUGGUCCUUGCUGCAAGCGAGUGGGAGGGCUGGCGUGUCCCUGGUGCCACUUAAUGCUGUAGCCUGACGAGGGAGCGAUGCAGCCCCGGGGAACUCCGUCUCCCGCAGCCGUCACUGGCCCAGGGCCGCUGGCAGGACUCGUGUUGGGUGCGAGUGGGAGACCUGCCCGGCAAAGGAGGGCUCUCGCCUGGGUUUCCUUGUGCAUCACGUCUCGGCGGGCGGCUGCGUGGAGUCUUGCGCUCAGGGUAGCAUUCCUGUGCAUCUCCAAGGGCUGAGAUAACACCGCGCUGCUCCUUGCCUAGCUGAGGCAAGGGGAUGACUGCAGAGCUGCUGCGGCAUUUUCUCUGCUCCUCUGCCCAGCACCGGGUGGGCUUCGGCAGGCAAACCCUCCCAGGGCUCGUGAGCUGUGUUCCCUUGUAAGCGCGUGGCCACGUGUGGGCAUGCGUCGGAGGGCUGAGAUCCGCUCCUGGGGCCCAGACGUAGCGCUGGAAAGUUGUGCUCCUGCCGUAAGGGUAGCAGCUCCUUUUUCAGCUAGAGCCGCUUGCCUUGCUGCUGCUGUGCUCGGUCUCCUGGGUCGGGAUACCUGCUUUGAAACUGGCUUGGUUGUGGCUCCGGCACCUCGUCCUCGUGAGCUGCAAAGUGUGCUCCUGCGUGCGGUGCGGAGCAGGCACCGCAAUGGGCUACUCACAGAUGCAGCUAAGUGCGUUACCCUCUCUGCAAAAUCACAAGCUGGUAACGAACAGUGUUUUCCUAAAGUAUCCAGUUGAUCCAGAGCUGCAUCUCAUAGCUGGGAGGAGGAGUCAUCUCUUCAGGGCUGUCCCUGUAGGGCUGCAGGGCUGGUGGAUGAGAGCAGCCAGGCGCUGAGAGUGGAGAUCAAGAGGGCAAGUUUGGGCAAGUUGUCGAUCAGCAGUGGCUGUGGAUGCUCGUGGGGCCCUGGCUGAAGUUAUCACCUUCCCGAACUGACACUGCGUCGAAGAUGCUGCUUUAGGAGGUGGGGGGGGGGGGAGGUGGGCUGGUCCGCGUGGAGCAGCUUCGUGAACUGCUGCUAGAAUUGAAAGCACAGCUGGGUUUGAGUGAGGCUGGGUAGCUGCUACUUUGCUGUUUCCUGGUGGUGUGAUCCUGCCCUGGUCUGUCCGCCCUGCCACAUCACCCUGCAGCUUGGUACCGCUCGCUCGCAGGUCCAAAUUCAGCGUGCCAACAUGUCUGAGUCCGUGGCUUGCUCCAUGACAGCAGCAGUGCUCUGGGGCUGCAGGGUAGUAACUGGGCCAGGCGGGCAAGUAACGCUCGUACAGUGCUGCGGCCGUGACUGUUAUCUCUGGAUUUCCCCUCUCUCGUGAGCCGGAGUCAGAUCUCUGAGGUUACGGAUGCAGCCGGGUUUGCCUCUGAUUUGGGAAGAAGGAGCCUCGGAGGCUGGAGUUGAGGGUUGGACAAGGACAUUGGAGAUACACUGCUGGUUGUUUGCAAGUGGAAGCGGGUCUGGAUGUGCCGCGGGUGGUCCUUGCUGCUGUGUCCCCGUGCUCCUCUCGUUGGUGCGUGUUCUCUUUUGAAGCCAGUUGUCUGCGUUUUAGGAACAAAUGAAAUAGGAAAUGAGGAGGAAUGAGCUGCUGUGGAGUUGUUGCUUGUGGAGCAGACUGUGGAAUUGCUUGGGUGGUGGUAGAGUUAAGAAAUUUCCUAGAGAAUUUCCCAAAAUCUGAAUUGAUUUUAAAUUUUUUUUUUUUUUUUUUUUUUAAGGCUGAGACUCUAGUCUUGGUGCAGAAGAGGUGUGGUCCCCCCCCCCUCUGCUGAGUCAGUGGUUUGUCACAUCAGUGUGGCUGAUGGCCCUGUGUGAAACAACCCCCACCCCCCCGCCCCCAUUUCCCAGGGGAAGGUGGGUCAGAAAAGCAAUCCCAGCGGGCCCGCCGCCCUCCGGAUUUGCGGCCUGCGUGCCUUGUUUUACUGUCUGUCGGGCAGCAGCGUAGCCCGGGAGCGAAGAAGAGACAGACGUGACGCAGCCUGAGGCGGCUGUCGCUUGCUCCUGCCUAUCUUCCUCCGGACUGAGGGAACGCGGGGCCCGUCGCCGCUGCUCUCGGCCGGGGCGCGAUGCUCUGGUUACGGGGCAGCAUCCUGCAUCCCUGCGCUGCACGGAUGCAGAGGCUGCCGAGUUGCGUGGUCCGUGGCAGGCUGAGGAGGGGCUGGCCGUGGCGAGGCUUUCCCCUGUCCUGUGGCUCGCGCAGGGGACGGGUCCGCAGAGGCACUUGGCCUCUUGCUGUGUGCAGAAGGCAUCGCACGCGGCUCGCUCCGCUGCUGGACCAAGGGACGGUUGUCCAGAGAGGGGUUUUGCUUUUGAGGAAGCUCUUGCCUUCCUGCUGAGGAGGGAGUUCGCCCUUGCUUUUAGCUUGGAUGCUUCACCACGAUCAUGUUUUUGUGUUUUUUUUUUAAUUUUAGCGGUUGGGCACGCGUACUCCUGUGAACGCUGAUGUGUCCCGCAGCUCGUGAGGUCUGUGCAGUGCUGGUGCCCAGCCACCGGCACGGCCGGAGGGAGCCCCGGCUGCUUUUGGAAAGGCUGGGUGAGGCUGUCGGGUCUCUGCAGGCAGAGUGGGGGGAGUGCUCCCCAUCUCGCCCCUCUUCUCGGGAGGUCCCAGGCUGCUACAGCUGGGGCUCCUUGCCACGGUCCCACGUGUCAGCCCGUCUUCGGGAUGCGGGUGGUUACAACGGGUACAGAGCUCUGGCGUGGGGUCAGGAGUGGAGGUGGAAGGUGUGUUUCGGAGGAGGCUUUGUUGCUUUGCCAUGCUGAUUUGGGGGGGGGGGGGGGGAAUUUAAAAAAAGUAAUAAUCCUGCUGCUCCAUUUGCCUGUCUGUCCCUCUUCCUGCUGCCCCCCUCGCACCCCUGAUGGCGGCUUGUCACUGUAGCCCUUGGGGUCCCUCGAGUUUCCACAACUGCUCAUCUUGCUUGGGACUGGUCGACUGUACUGUAACAAAAUGAUGCGUUAACCUCAGUAUCCUGCCACGUGUCUCUACACGUUCCACAUGGCAGUGCAGAGGGGGCCUUCUAGCUGUUAAUGCCUUUCCAGUUAUUUUAUCAAAAGGAAAAAAAAAAAAAAAAAAGGAAAACUGUAAAUGUAGCAAGCUGUGUUUGCAAUGCUUAUUUUCUGUCUCCUCUGAGACUGGUUAUGUCACUUUGUCACUGUUUUGAAAUGGAUGCUAGGCUCUUUUUAAGAGAGGGUUGCUACACUUGAUGUUAAAUGCCUCACUGACUUUUUUUUUUUUUUUUUUAAGUUUCCAAUACAGGUAAUAGAUGAAUGACUCUUUUUUUUUUUUUUUUUUUUUUUUUUUUUUUUCCUAAAGAAAACGUUCAUCUCGGUGGUGUGGAGCGGGUGGCUGGAGGGCAGCGUUUCAAUGAGUAGUUUACAGUUUCACUUUCUGCAGACACUUGAACAUAGGACCGAUGUAUCUGUGACAAGCACAUCCCUUGGUGGGAAGCUCCAGAGGAGCGGGGAGCGCCCUGGGUGCCUUCCAGCCCCCUGCGGCGUGCGGAACCUGCUGGGGUCAACCCCAGGGUCCCCGCGCUGUCCCCCUGCGGCUCGCUCUCCAGGUCUCAGCCCCGCACAGGGGCUGGCUCGUGCCGGUGGUGCCCCUCGCAGGAGGGGAUGCUUGGCACCACUUGGUCCCCUCGAGCCUCCCCGGUGCAGCCCCGCUCCCCCUCCUCCUCUUCCAGCCUGUCCCGGUCCCGUUGGGGUUGGAAACCUUUGGAUCUGUGGCUCAGACCCCCGCUGAGCUGCACCCCGGCGAGGGUGGCCCUCGGCUCGCUCGCCUGGAGCAAAAGGGGUGAUGGUUCGAUGUGCUGGCCCUUCUCAAACCCUGUGUGUCCCAACCUCAGCCUUCUGUUUCCCAAAACUAGAAAGUGUGUGCAACCUUCUUCAGCUGCAUUUAUCGUAGAGACAAACUUAAAAUGACUCAUCACAGACCAUGUAUCACUUGGGAGGAAAAUCUUGUUAAUAUGGCCCGCUGUACAUGAUCCAUCUUCUGUCGAUAGUACAUAAUCUUUGACCCAUGUGCUAGGAUCAUCAUCACAUAUAAAAGGAAAAGAAAAAUGUAAAAUACUUGAAUGAGAGCUUGUAUUAUAACAUUAAUAUUAUUCAGAGUAUCUGCUUUCUAGGCUGAUGUGAUUCAUUAUUCUAGUAAUGCUUUAGUCCUUUGUAAUUUGUGGUAAUUAUGCUUUUUCCUUUUUAAUACAAAAAAAUGUAUAAAAAUAAAAACUUCAAAAGACAA